UUGUCAGUUUAGAGUUUCCACUGGGCUAAAAAGUUCACAAUCUUGAUAAAGGAAACUUUUAGAUAGUUGAAAGUGCGAGGAUUUCUCUUUAUCGAUGAUAACUGAAAGCUCUCAAGGAUGACUGAAUUUGCAAAAGUUGUCAGUUUAGAGUUUCCACUCGGCUAAAAGUUCAUGUUCUUGAUAAAGGAAACUUUAAGAUGGUUGCUAGUGUAAGAAUCUCUUUAUUGAUGAUGGCUGAAAGCUCCCAAGGUUGGAAAAUAAGAUAGCUCUCCUGUUGCUUUCUCCUGAUCCUUGCUCGAGUAGUAUCUAAUAUGAUCUUGAGUUUUCGUGUAUAAUUAUUUUGGACCAACAGGAGGGCCUUAAUAUUUUUCGAAUUAGCUCUUCUUGCUAUCGAGCAUUGAGGUGGGAUCCUUUAUUCAAUAGAUAAAUUUCUUGUGUCCACGCUGGCGGAUAGUAUGCGUAGAAUCUGUGAAUUGGGUAAUGCCCCUGUCUAGAUUUCUUGCUGAUGCACUUGGUGUGGUGACGAUUUGUCUUGUUGUUGUUCUGGUCCUUCUGGGUAUAUUCUGCAUCGUGUAUUCGUUUUACUUCCAUGAUCGGAUCCAUGGUCAAGGUCUUGUUCGGCUCAACUACUUUAGUGGUCCUUGGAUUAUCAGAAUUACAUUCAUCUUUUUUGCGGUUUGGUGGGGUUUUGGAGAGAUUAUUCGGUUAAAUCUGUUGAGAGGGGAGGGAAGAGUCCUGAAUUCCCUCAACUUGAAACGUCAGAAAACUGUUUGCAAAUGCUAUGUUGUUUCAAAUCUCGGGUUUGCCGAACCAUGCCUGAUCCUCAUUCUCAUAUUUCUACUUCGUGCAACCUUGCAGAAGUCUGGAACAUUAAGCCGGAGGUGGAAUGCAAAAACAGCUGCUUAUGUGCUUCUUUAUUGUCUCCCAAUAUUUGUUCUUCAGGUGAUUGUAAUUCUAAUUGGAACAUGGCAUAACAAGGAGAGUUUUGUGCACAGAUUACCUCCUUAUUUCACCAAGGCUUCAGCUUUUUCUAAAACAAAGGACAAUGAUAAUGUUGCCCUCUGCACUUACCCUCUGUUGAGUACCGUUGUCCUUGGUCUUUUUGCCACCCUCCUAACAACUUACUUGUUCUGGCUUGGGAGACAAAUUCUUCAUUUGGUCAUCAAUAAGGGUUUACAAAAGAGAGUGUAUACACUAAUCUUUUCUAUUUCUGGUUUUUUCCCAUUACGAGUUCUUCUUCUUGGAUUAUCUGUGCUAUCAGAGCCGGAUAAACUUUUAUUUGAUGCUAUUUCAUUCUUAGCUUUUCUUUCCUUUUUAUGUUGUGCGGUGGUGGCCAUCUGCAUGCUCGUGUACCUCCCCAUUGCAGAUUCUUUAGUCUUGAGGAGUCUACAAAGAGAUAUAGAGGCUAUGAGGUUUAUUGAUGAAUAUGAUUCACUAAUUCAUAAUGAAGGCCCUUCCAGAACAAGUAUGCUCACUAGUCCUGGGAGAAAUUCAGCUUCUUUGGAAAGGAGUGGAUCGAUAUCUUUUCGUACGAUGGUAAAAGAUGAAACCUCUGGGGCAUUUGUGGAUGUGAGCCUAUUUACUCCUAGUCAGCCUUCAACCCCAUCCGGGUCACCUAAACUUGUUGGCUGGCCUAUGCUCUCACCUUCAUAACUUCAUGGAUCUUAAAAGCUAAUGAGGAGGGUAUAACAUUUUUGGGGUGAAUGAAAACUCUGUAAAGGAUUGCUGAUUUUGUUUCUGUAAAGGAUUGCUGAUUUUGUUUUGUUAUUGACAUUAUGACAUAGGUUUGCUUGUUACUCAUCUAUGCUUUUUUUUAGGUGGAUCUCUUGUAUCUGUAUCUAUCAACAGUUGACAGUUUUAUAACAAUUAGCCUUUGUUUGAGCUCCA